AUCAAGGAUCGUUUCUCUUCAACAUCUCCCUUUUCAUUGAUUCUAAUCCUAUUCAUUGAUCAUGAUAUUGAAUAAAGGCAGCAAAGUUGAGGUAUUGACCAAGGAGGAGGUUCCGACCGGCGCUUGGCGUUGUGCCGAGAUUAUCUCUGGAAAUGGCCAUACGUAUAUCGUUAAGUACGGUUGGUUUCCGAUGACCGGCGAGGCGGCAGAGAUGGAGAGAGUUCCUAGGAAAGCGAUUAGGCCUUUCCCUCCUCCUAUAAACGGGAACGAUAAUUGGGUUUCUGGUGAUGUCGUUGAGGUAUUCGAUGAGUUGUGCUGGAAGCCGGCCGUGAUCGUUAGGGUUCUCGGUGGAAACAACUUUUACGUUAGGAUCCUUGGAUCGACUGCCCAACUCAAAGCACAUCAAUCUCGGCUGCGUGUUCGGCAAUCUUGGGAAGAUGGCAAUUGGUUCCUCGUUGGAAAGGGUUCGUCAAAUUCCACUGGUUCCAAGAAGAGGAAAAGAUCUUCGAUUGGCUUCUCAGAUGGCGGUGCGCAAAAGGCAGAGGGUGUUUGAGAAAGGUAGUAGUGGUGUUCAAAGAAUAAUAAUUCGGCUUCCUUCGCCUGCCUCUGAAAAGAGGAGGAUUAUCGAAGUGAUGCUGAUUCUAAUUCCAAUGUGAGAUGCCAAGAAGAAGGAAAUUACGUUUCCACUAGUGUGGAAUUGGGAUAUGAUCUUCAUAGGUCUGAACUGCAUGCCUAUCAGAAAGCCCUUGGGGCAUUGCAUGCUUCUGGGCCUUUAACGUGGGAUGAAGAAGAAAAGGUGACCAAUCUACGUCGUUCUCUCAAUAUUUCAAAUGAUGAACAUUUGAUGGAGCUAAGAAAGUUGAGAGAUAACGAAUAUUUCAUGGCCAAUGUUGGAGGUAUCCAUACCUUGCUUCUAAAGCCAUGAUUGGUUGAGUUUGUCAUCUCUUGCAGUUGACCAAGGGACAACAGCCAUGGUUUAUUCCUAAACGAACUCUUAGAUUUUGGUAUGAAUCAUUUCUAAAAUUAUUCUUCAAAUUUUGAUUUAUCUAUGGCAUUGUUGGUAUAGGACGUUGUCUCCCUUGUUGCAGAUGCCCUACUGUUAGUAGGUAAUUUGAUAUUGCAGCGACACUUAUGGAAAAGCCAAAUGCAUUGUAUGAAAAAAAAUUACAUGGACUUAAGAAGAGGACUAAUAUAAUGGUUGGAAAGCUUUUGCGCCUCCAGAAUGUAUGUAUAACAAUGGAACAUCUUAAGCCAGAUGAUUAAUAAACCUUUCUCUCGAUCUCU